UCGCGGAGUGUUUGGAUGCCACGUGCACCGCCGUCGGCAUGGCGAUACUCAAGCGAUGCUGCUGCUGGAAGUCCGUGCGGAAAGGGAGUUUUGCCAGCGCACUCUUCACCCUGUUUUUCUACUCGGUGCACCUCUGCGCGGGAGUGUUGCAGAUAAAUGCGUUCUACGCUACAAUGGGAGAGGAAUCGGUCAUCUUCGUGUUUGUCCUCUUAAUGGUUAUAUUCUCCGGUUUCUCCGCCAUCGCAUCCCUCGUCUUGAUCAUCGGCCUUUGUACAGAUAAUCGCCUCUUGCUCCUUCCGUGGAUAGCCUGUGUGUCAAUCACAACUAUCCUGGAUGUUGCACUCUCUUUCUACUUUCUCGCAGACGCGCUGAGUGACCUGGUGACUAUUAUAUUCUGCAUUGUGGACUACACCAUUUGUGCAUUAAACAUCUAUUGUUUGUUGUGCGUCGUCUCCCAGUACCAAGAGUACCUUGCAGGAAGAGGGCGCUCUCACACCGUGGCGGCUGUGCAGGACCGGGCGGCUGUUCGCUACCGACAGGGCGACAAGGUACGCACGGACGAGUCCCGCCACAACGGCCCGACCUCCUCGCUACUGCUCACCGUCCCGACGGUGUCCGCCUCGACGGGAGGCCCCCGAAUGUCGACGGACAUGAGUUCUAUCUCGGAGGACGUCUUCAGUUCUCGCCGGAUGAGCACGGAGAACACCAGCGCCGACAUGGAACCGUGUCCCACAGCCACCCUCAUCAAGAUCAAAACUCCUCCCUGAAUGGCUCCCAUCCUCUCGUUGCCCAACGCUGUAAACUAUGUCCGCACCGAGGUUUUCAACCGCACUACCCGUCCAUGAUGUGUCCCAUUGCGCUCAUCUGUACAAAAAACUUCACCCAUCAUGAAGAAACCAUGGCUACCGUCGGCAAGAAAUUCUUCGCAACGCUUCAGCGCUCUUUCAAGAGACAUCCCACCUAGCGGACACUCUAUGAGCUGCUACUUUCCGAGUGGAAACUCCAAAAUGUAAUCUAUGUGUGCGUUAUCAAGUGUUCCGGUUACAAUUCGCAAGUACAAACACCAAAAAAAGGUGUCGAGCAGUAUAAGAAAAUAUAGGUGAAAGUCAUUAAAGUGCUGUUCGUCCCAGGAAGUCAAAGAUAUGGCCUGCAGAAGACAGCCUGCAUCACGGUCGUGCAUGAAACUACAACGUGACUACACGAAA